ACUCGCCCAGGUGAGCCCCCAAACCCCAACGCUCCAGCCACUCCAAGCCAAACCCCUCCAGCUCACUCACUCCGGCCGUCCGGCGCGCGCAGCACACAUUGCCGUGACAAGACAAUGCCGCUCCUGCUCCUCCUGCUCGUGCUCCUUCUACCGGCCGCGCCCGAGGCGACGCCGUCGGCGUUGCUGGGCAUCAACUACGGCCGGGUGGGAAACAACCUCCCGCCGACGACCUCGGCCCUGCAGCUCCUCGCCGGCCUGGGCGUCGGCCGCGUCCGCCUCUACGACGCCGACCCGGCCACCCUCCGCUCCUUCGCCAACACGGGCGUGGAGCUCGUCGUCGGCGUCCCCGACGAGUGCCUCGCCGCCGUCUCCACCCCCUCCGGCGCCUCCUCCUGGGUCCGCUCCGUCAUCCAGCCGGCGCUCCCGGCAACCAAGAUUGCCGUCCUCACUGUCGGCAACGAGGUGCUCACGGGCCCCAACAGCUCCACGCUCUCGCCGUCGCUGCUCCCGGCCAUGCAGUGCAUCCACGACGCGCUCGCGCAGCUCGGCCUCGACAGGCAGGUCGCGGUCACCACCGCGCACAACCUCGGCGUGCUCGCCACCUCCUACCCGCCCUCGUCGGCCUACUUCCGCAAGGACCUCCUCCCGGUCCUCUGCCCGAUCCUCGACUUCCACGCCCGCACCGGCUCGCCGUUCCUCGUCAACGCCUACCCCUACUUCGCCUAUGCCGAGGACCCCGCCGGCGUGGAGCUCGAGUACGCCCUGCUCGAGCCCGGCCACGGCGGCGUCCCCGACCCGCCCUCCGGGCUGCGCUACCCCAACAUGCUGGUGGCCCAGGUGGACGCCGUGUACCACGCGAUCGCGGCGGCCAACCGCGCGGCGGCGCGCGCGGUGGAGGUGCGCGUGUCGGAGACCGGGUGGCCGUCGGCCGGCGACGGCAACGAGACCGGCGCGACGCCGCGGAACGCCGCAAGGUACAACGGCAACGUGAUGCGGCUGGUGGGCGAGGGCAAGGGCACGCCGCUGCGGCCGGACGGGGCGCUGCGCGUCUACAUGUUCGCGCUCUUCAACGAGAACAUGAAGCCCGGCCCCUCGUCGGAGCGCAACUACGGCCUCUUCAAGCCCGACGGCACGCCGGUGUACGAGCUCGCCUACCGCCUGCCCAAGGACAACGCCACCACCUCAUCCGGCACCGGAAGCAUUACCGGCGGCGGCGGCGGGGGGCCGCAGAACAGCGGCUACUACAGCAUCUCGGCGUCCGCAACGGCGAACGUGGGUUGGUGGACAUGGACACAAGCAUGUGCGGCUGUCCUGUUGAUGAUGAUAGCAUUCUGAUUCUGAGCAACUUCCAAGUUUCUUCAGGGGAAAACUAUUUUGUCCUUCCGCUCCAAUCUUCCAUGUUGUUUCAGUUGAUUUAGUCUUGUAAUUGGUGGCAAGCUAAUGGGUAAUAUGGGUUAGUCAGUCUCAUAAAACCAGGCACCAUUUUUAUUUUUGUUUACUGGUAAUCAUGCAAUGCAAGGUUAGUUGGAUAUUUUGAUUGUCAAGUCACUGGCUGGCUCCAUACUACUCCCUCCGUCCCAAUCAUAGUGCCAAAAAAACGUCUUACAUUUUGGAACGGAGGGAGUAGAAAGCACUUCAAAUUUUAGUGCCAACAGUCGAGACAAACCUAGUAAAAUACAUAUGUUUGUUGAAACA